AUGUCCUUUUUCAAACGCAACGAUCCCAACGCGCCCGCUGCGCGCAGAGCCGGCGGCGGACCAUACGACCGUGUGCCCUCCGAGGCGGGCUCGAGCGCGUCCCUCCCCCCCUCCCGAUCGCCAGCACCUCCCUCCGGAUUCGGCGGACAACCCCAGCCAUCCCCCAGGUACGGCGAGCAAUACGGAGGCCAGCAGGGCGGAUACGGUGGUCAGCAUGGCGGGUAUGGAGGCGGCAACCAGGGCGCAUACACUCCGCCGGCGCCACCACCCCAGCGUCACGACCACUACGGCUACCCCGAGGAGAAGGUCGAGUACCGCGCACCAGCACCGCCUCAGCAGCGGGCCCUUCCACCCUCCCCGGCGCCACGUCAACAAUACACCCAGCCCCAGCCGUCCAGCGGCGGUGGACGUGGAAUCUUCGGCAUUGCGCCAUGCCCAUCCGACCCCCUGGCGCUGACUAACCGCCUCGUCGUCAACCCCGCCGACUUCCCGCAGGACGUCGAGAACGUCAUUCUGCGCGGCAAGUACAUCCUCUCCAUUAUCCGAGACAACACGGGCACGCUCCCCCCGCGACACCUCGGUCCGUCCAAGAUCCAGCGGCAAUGGAUGGGCCUGUCGGCGGUCGGCGAGACCGUCGACUGCGAGCCGUACCGCGCGGGGAGCGGCGACUUUGCGUCCGACGUCGAGCUCGAGGUCGGUUUCCUCGUCAAGCGCAAGGAGACGGCAGACCUGUUCGACGCCGAGAACAUGUCGACUGCAUUCAUCAACGCGUUCCCUGACCUGCCGCUCACACCACUCCAAACCCUCGUCUUCGACUACCGCGGGCACCAGCUCAAGGUGCUGGUGCGCAACGUAUCUACGCUCGAUGGCAAGGAAGGCGCGACGGGUAUUGUCAUGGACGGCUCGGAUAUCCUGUGGUCCAAGGACCCUGGAUCCAACAUGAAGCUCAAGAGCAGCUCGAAAAUGCAUGCGCAGAACAGGAUCCUCGCGCCCAACUUCAAGUUUGAGGACAUGGGCAUCGGUGGCCUCGACACCGAGUUCUCGGCAAUCUUCCGCCGCGCGUUCGCAUCGCGCAUCUUCCCGCCAGCGCUUGUUGACAAGCUCGGCAUCCAGCAUGUCAAGGGUAUCCUCCUCUACGGCCCGCCCGGUACCGGCAAGACGCUAAUGGCGCGUCAGAUCGGCAAGAUGCUCAACGCGCGCGAGCCCAAGGUCGUCAACGGCCCCGAGAUCCUGAACAAGUUCGUCGGCCAGUCUGAGGAGAACAUUCGCAAGCUGUUCGAAGAUGCUGAGAAGGAGCAGAAGGAGAAGGGCGACGAGUCCGGCUUGCACAUUAUCAUCUUUGACGAGCUCGACGCGAUCUGCAAGCAGCGCGGCUCAACCAACAGCGGCACUGGCGUCGGCGACUCGGUCGUCAACCAGCUGCUCUCCAAGAUGGACGGCGUGGACCAGCUGAACAACGUCCUCAUCAUCGGUAUGACGAACCGUCUGGACAUGAUCGACGAGGCACUCCUCCGCCCCGGCCGUCUCGAGGUACACAUCGAGAUCUCAUUGCCGGACGAGAACGGGCGUCUGCAGAUCCUGAAUAUCCACACGGCCAAGAUGCGCGACAACGGCGUUAUGGGCCAUGACGUUGACCUCGCCGAGUUGGCUGCUCACACGAAGAACUUCUCCGGUGCAGAGCUCAACGGUCUCGUCAAGAGCGCUACGUCGUUCGCCUUCAACCGCCACGUCAAGGUCGGCUCAGUCGCGGCGUUUGACGACGUCGAGAACCUCAAGAUCAUGCGCGCGGACUUUAUGCACGCUCUCGACGAGGUGCAGCCCGCGUUCGGUGUGAGCGAGGAGGAGCUCCAGCAGGUCGUGACUAUGGGUAUGAUCCACUACUCCAAGUCUAUCAACGAGAUCCUCAACGACGGCUUGCUGCUUGUAGAGCAGGUGCGGCACUCUGAGCGCACACCGCUCAUCGCGGCGCUUCUCCACGGCCCCACAGGCGCGGGUAAGACGGCGCUGGCAGCGACGAUUGCGAUGCAGUCCGACUUCCCCUUCAUCAAGCUCAUCUCGCCCGAGCAGAUGGUCGGGUACGGCGAGGCGCAGAAGAUUGCACACCUCCACAAGGUGUUCUCGGACGCGUACAAGUCACCCUCCUCCGUCAUUGUGGUGGACAACAUCGAGCGUCUGCUCGACUGGAAUCCUAUCGGGCCCCGCUUCUCCAACGGCGUUCUCCAAGCGCUCGUCGUGCUUUUCCGCAAGCGCCCACCCAAGGGCCGUCGCCUCCUCAUCCUCGCAACAACCAGCAACAGGUCCAUCCUGGCGGACAUGGCCGUGCAGGACGCGUUCGACACUGACAUCCCCGUGUCGCCACUGAGCAGCCUCGACGCAGUCGAGCACGUCCUCAAGGAGAUCAACAUGUUUGACCACGCCGACCUGCAGAAGUGUAUGUCCAUGCUACGGGAGGCGCGCUUCGGUGAACAGGGCCGUCCCGAGUUGAGCGUGGGCGUCAAGAAGCUCCUCACGCUGAGUGAGAUGGCGCGCCAAGACCCCGCACCGGCGUUCAAGCUCGCUAGCUCGCUCAUCCGCGAGUCGAGCUUGUAG